UUCAUUUUUUCCUUUUCACAUAACCUGCAACACUGCACACUUUCAUCCAGAGAAUCGGACGUCAAUUUCUAGUACAUAGUUUAUUGUUUGUGGAGAGUAAUUUUUAAUUUUCAACCUCAGGGUCUCGUCGGGAGUCUGAUCUCCAGAAAUAUCCGACUCGUGAAAAUUCUUUAACCGGCAGACUUAGAAUCCGGGUAGAAAGUCAAUUUCGUGGGAAGGAUGUCGGGCGACAACUUGGACGAGAAGAAGAUGAACGUCCAAGAAGAGGAAGAAGCCUUGGUCGAAGAAGAAGAAGAUACUAGGGUAAGGGAAGUUGAUGAUGAAGAGGCGCCCACGGAGGCCAGUACGUCGCAACUCACCCGGUCUGAGAACGCUGAAGAAACUUCGACGACGAUAUCCCAAGAAGUCUAUAGACGGCGGGAGCCGUUGAGAGAAGAUUCAUACUCAACCAGCUCGUCCAGCUCAAAAAAGAAAUCAGAAGAGGUAUCAUCAUCGGAAGAUGAAAAGGUAUACGGAGGAUGCCAGGGCCCAGAGGCAAUGUACGUCAAACUAAUUUCAUCAGACGGCCAUGAGUUUAUCGUAAAGCGUGACCAUGCACUCACAUCUGGGACAAUCAAGGCAAUGAUGUCAGGCCCGGGUCAAUUCUCGGAAAAUGAAACUAAUCAAAUUCACUUUAGGGAAAUACCGUCUCACGUUCUGCAGAAGGUAUGCAUGUAUUUCACGUAUAAGGUGCGCUAUACAAACAGCUCGACAGAGAUCCCGGAAUUCCCAAUCGCACCGCAGGUCGCUCUUGAACUCCUUAUGGCCGCAAAUUUCUUAGACUGUUGAAAUUUUUUUUUUACCAUAUGAAUCUUUUGUAUAUUUCGAAUGUAUGAGUUGAAUAAAUUUUGGUAAUCCCUGAAUUAAAUAAGUAUCGCCCGGGG